AUGCAUAGAUCGUACCUCCCCCAUCCCAAGGAUAAAGGUCAGCGGAAGGUCUCCCCGUCAGGCCCAUCUUAUAUGUCGAAUGACCAGAUUGCAAACUAUCUGAAAGACCUACGGACAAAUCGUCCCACACGCCCAAGCGGUUCCAGACCUCUCCCUUCGAAAUCAUCCGCAUCGGUGGCUGGUCCUCGUGGGGACCUACCUCCUCGAGCCGCCUCCGCAAUGUCAACGUACAGUCAGUUAGGCAACUCGCCAGCGUCGCCAUCCGCUGAGGUUGAACGACCUCGUGCCACCAGCUCGCUAUCGAACCAUCGUUCUCUCUCCUCUCGAGGCUCCCUAUGCAACUCUCCCGGACGUCCGUUGGUCCAGGAACCAAGGAUGGUUCCUGUGCGAAAGAAUGUCUCCCCGAGUCGAGUGCUUUCUCGAUUCAGUCCUCCUUCCCCCGGUAUCUACCGUGAAAGCAACCGACGGCGGCUAGAGAGGGAAGAAGCACAGUCCUUGCGGGAUGCGCUGCAGGAGAUGAAUGUUCACGACGAUGACGAUGCCACCAAUGAGGAACUUCGUCUACAUCGGGCGGCACAGGAUGAGGCUACGGAGCUCGUUUGGAUGCACCAACACCCCGGGGUGGCUUACAAGAACCCAUAUGCUCCAUACCGUAACCCAGAUAUGAACCAUCUCCAACAAGUCUCUCAGGUGAACAGAGGCCCGUCGAGGCCCUCGAGCCCACCACGCAAUGGCCAGGUUGGCUCGUCCGAGGCCUAUCCAAGCAGUCCCGAUCAUGCGGGUGCAUUGGACGAAGCCCCUAGCCCCAAGAAACAUGGCACGCUGCGGAAGAACCUCAAGGUGAACUUUUCGCUGCCCCGUGAACAAAGUCCGUCGAAGCCAAAAGACGAUGGCUGCGGGCUAGGGCUCAUAAAUUUCAAUGGCGAUUCAACUAAAGGGAUAUUCAGGAACCCCAAUGAUCAGAUCUACGAGGAACCGGCCGGCUCUCCACGUAAGGAGGAAGACGAACGCCCUAUAUUCUCCCGGUCUGAUUCAUCCGCUUUAAGGUCAAAGCCGCGCAACGCUCUUCCUCGUGGCGCACGGCCGCUCCCAGGACGGCUCAGUAGUAUUCCAUUUGUCGACAAGCUAUCUCGCUUUGAGCUUCAUAGAAAUCCCCCAACUCAGUCAAGGAACGCUGAAUAUAAAACCAACGAUCCACUUCCCAAGCUAGAUCUGGGAGAGAGAACCAACGAUGAACCGAAUGCUUCCACGAAAGAUGGACUCGAGAUUCGCAGCGACGACAUCCGAGCCGCUACGAGCAAAAGGCGCAAGGACCGGAGUACCAAAUUACCCAUGCCGACGGCCGUUAGCGAUCGGACCGGCCGACCGAUCGUGAGUUUUGAUCCAUCCUGGAAGCCGAUGGAGACGCAAUCCCCCCAAAAACACGAAUCCGCCUAUCCAACGCCGCCUCCGGCUCCUCCUGCGCCGACUAUUUCUGUGCCUGAGCCCCCCUCGGUUCCAAUUAUCAACAUAACGGAUGGCCGGGCACCGACUAUCUCUGAGAUGACUGGCUCAUCUCAGGUUUCCGGGAGGGAACAAAGCUCUCGACCGAUGCCUCUGAAGGGCCCCCCAGAACCCAGCUCAUCUUCCAAGAAACCUCUGCCAGCUCUACGGGAUCGGUGGCUAUCGGCAUACACCCGGUCUGGUGUGCCCACUGCGAAAUGCGAAGCAUGCUCACUUCCCAUCGCGGGGCGGAUUGUCACGGCUGCCGGAACACGCUUCCAUCCGGAAUGUUUUACCUGUUUCAAUUGUCAGACCGCACUAGAAUGUGUUGCCUUUUACCAGGAGCCCGAUGGCAAGCGGAGUGAGCGUAUUGCCGAGACGCCGGCGGACGACGAGGAGGCACGCGCGUUGCGAUUCUACUGCCACCUGGAUUUCCAUGAACUCUUCAGCCCCCGGUGCAAGAGCUGCAAGACUCCUAUCGAAGGAGAAGUGGUUGUGGCGUGCGGAGCAGAAUGGCACGUCGGCCACUUCUUCUGCGCAGAAUGCGGUGAUCCAUUCGACCAAGACACUCCGUUUGUCGAGAAAGAUGGCUUCGCAUGGUGUUUGCAAUGCCAUUCCCGCCGCACUGCUCCCCGGUGCCUCGGCUGCAAGAAGCCGGUGCUGGACGACGUCGUUAUUUCGGCGGUGGGCGCGCAGUGGCAUGAUGAGUGCUUUGUCUGCCACGAGUGCGGGACAGGAUUUGGCGCCGAUGGUCGAUAUUUUGUCCGCGAAGGCGAGCCGCGAAAGACAGCAAAAGGUAGGAUUAUUGGCGGGCCAGUGCAGCUGGCUGUUUGUGAGAGAUGCGAAGGCAUCCGACUCAAGGCAAGCCCUUGA